CAGCUUCUACCCGGAGCUGGGGCCCUACAGUUCUCGGGACCCCGACGUGCUGCGGGAGCACAUGACCCAGCUCAAGGAAGCCGCCAUCGGCGUCCUGGUCCUGUCCUGGUACCCACCUGGCAUGGCUGAUGACAACGGGGAACCCUCAGACGACCUGGUGCCCACCAUUCUCGACACCGCCCAUCAGUACAACAUCCAGGUAUGGCUCCCAUGGUGCGUUUUACCGCUAUAAGAACAGCAUGGGCAAGAGCCUCCCACUCUUUUACAUCUACGACUCAUACCUGACAUCCCCUGAGGCCUGGGCUCACCUCCUGACACCCAGUGGGCCCCACUCCAUCCGCAACACGCCCUAUGAUGGGGUCUUCAUAGCGCUGCUGGUGGAGGAGGGCCACACCCACGACAUCCUGGCUGCUGGGUUUGACGGCAUGUAUACCUACUUUGCCUCCAAUGGUUUCUCCUUCGGCUCCUCCCAUCAGAACUGGAAAGCUGUGAAGAACUUUUGUGAUGCCAAUAACCUCAUGUUCAUCCCCAGCGUGGGGCCUGGCUACAUUGACACCAGCAUCCGGCCCUGGAAUAACCACAAUACUCGGAACAGGGUCAAUGGCAAGUACUAUGAGACAGCCCUGCAGGCAGCCCUGACGGUGAGGCCCGAGAUUGUCUCUAUCACCUCUUUCAAUGAGUGGCACGAGGGCACCCAGAUUGAGAAGGCCAUUCCCAAGAAGACACCAACACGUCUGUAUUUGGACUACCUGCCUCACCAGCCUAACCUGUACCUGGAGCUGACUCGCCGCUGGGCAGAGCACUUCAUCAAAGAGAAAGAGCAGUGGCUGAUGUGAGGAGCCUGGCAAUGGCCAUUAGUGCCAGUGUCCUGGCCUCACUGGACGGGGUCAGUAUGUGGGGCUCAGCUGAGGUUGUAGGCACUCGCCGGUCUCCAAGACAGCAGCGGGGCGCCUCUGGGUGGGGCCAUCAAGCCUGGCCCACGUGGAACACAGCUUGUUCCUUGGGCAGGUAGUGCUGGGGUGCUCUGCAGUGACAGGAAACCAGGCAGGGUUUGAGAGAGGGAACCUCAAGAGGCUGGCGGGUGACUGGAUUUAGCCUGGGGCAGCUCCCUAUCCUGUCCCAACACUUUAAAAUAGUCCCUCCUAGCUUGGAACUCAGCAGGCCGCCAGAUCACUGCUCUUCGGAGGGGUCAGGGCUCUGGGCUAGCACACGCCCUGCUUCCUCUUCAGCCUUCUUCACAAAGGGUCUGUCUUCUCCAAGUUAGGGAACCAUAUUUGAAAAUGGAAAUUCUAGAUUUAAGCCCUUCCCAGUAGACUGACUCCUGAAGCCAAUGAUCAGGAAAUACUCCUGGGCAUUCACUUACUCAUUCAACACACACUAAUUGAGCACCUUUUACUGUGUGCUAGGCGCUGGGGAGGAACUUGACCUGGAAAGGUUCCUUUUCUUCCAGAAGCUUACAGGAUCCAGCUUUCCUUCUUUGGUGUGGCCUUGUAGCUAGUGCCUGAGCACAGUUUUCUCCUUCUUGCAGUUUUACCCAGCGCUGGGAGUUGUUCCUUUUUCUCUUAAGAAAAUACCUCUGUGCUCCAGAGCCUCCAUUUCCCCAGAUGACCGUUUAGCUCCAGGGAGAGGACGAGGACAUGCCCCUCCCCCUUUAGCUGCCUAAACUGAAUGAGGCCCACUCAGUCGGGCCAUUUUCAGCGCUACUGUGAUUUGUAUCAAUUAAAUAUGAUGUGGUAUUCUCAAGUAUGCAUUCUCUUUGCUCUCUUUAAGACUUCAAAAUUCUGAGCCCUCCCUCAAAAUCUGUGACAAAUCGAAAUGUGGGAUGGGCUGGCCAGUUAGCACAAUGAAGGGCGAGUUUGCUUAAGAAAGGAGCGGUUUAAACAAGAUUUUUAGAGGGGAGAUUUAACAAAUCAGUGCUUAUUUACAAAUACACUAAUGUGCUAAGUGCAGGGACCCUCAAAGCAGGCCCUGAGACACCUUCUUGGCAAGAUUUAGGAGCUACCUGGAAAUCCAUGCAUUACUUUAUGGGCUCAAGACUGAGUCCCAGGUUGUGGGAGUGGGGUGCAAGGCGCAGGACGGGGGAGAAAUGGGGCCUAUGGAUUACCACAGGACCCCCGCUCCAGUUAGGUCGUGGAUACUAAAUGGCACCGACGGAUGGGGCAGAUCAGGACAGGUGCAAAGAGUUGGAUGGGGACCUGUAGUAACUCACAGAAGGGAGAAACACUGAGGCUUCAUUUCACACGUACGCAGUUUGGAAAAUACUAAAAGUACAGCGAAGUCAGGGGCUGGGGGCACCAAGUCUCAUUCACUGCUGAUGGCGAGGCUGCUUGGUUAGUUCUUUUGAAGGUGAAAUCUGUAUCAAGAGCCAUGAAAAUGUUCAUACACUUUGACCCAGUAACCCCCGCCCCCCCCCGCCAC